AUGGCGACGAAAACCCAUCAACAGAUCUCACCAGAUCCGCGUCCGACAGAAUUUCUAUUAAAGAUUAUCUUGAUAAUUGCUUUCACAAUCGGUAUGUCUCUGAACUUACUCCCUCAAGAAAACAUAGAUGGGAAGCCAGUUCCUACCGUGAUCUUUAAAGGUCACCCUUCAAUAUUUCGUGCUUUUGUGAUUGCUGUCAUCUUUGCUUUCACGGGUUCUUUCUGUUCGUUGAUGAUUAACAACAAAUCUAAGAUUACUUGGUUUUUUGGGUAUUUAUCGGUGAUUUCUAUGGCUUCAGCUCUUUGGCUUGUUGUUUUACCUUUGUUUUUAGAUGGUUUCAAGUGGGUUUUUCAGGUGAAGCAAGCUACGGCUGAAUAA